GGUACAUAGAUUUGUGCUUUGGACAGAAAAGACGUACUACAAUACACAGUAUUCCUAUCGGAAAAGACGUACUACAUAACACAGAAUUCCGAUAGGAAAAGACGUACCACAAUACACAGUAUUCCUAUCGGAAAAGACGUACUAUAUAACACAGUAUUUCUAUCGGAAAAGACGUAUUAUAUAACACAGUAUUCCUAUCGGAAAAGCGUACUACUUAACACAGUAUUCCUAUCGGGAAGGACGUAACAUACAACAAAGUGUUCCUAUCGGAAAAGACGUACUACAAAACAAAGUAUACCUGACAGGAAGGACGUAACAUACAACACUGUAUUCAUAUCGGAAAAGACAUACUACAAAACAAAGUAUACCUGACGGAAAAGGCCAAUAAUCGCAUCCUACCUUCAACAAAAGUACAUGGUUGCCGUGGUUUUAUCCUCUUUCUUUGGUAAUAGUAAAUCAAUGAACGUAACAUGGUGCUAGUCUAUUGGAGACUAGGGACCUAUAAAAAGACUUAAAUCCAUCACCGUGUACAUACAGAAGAUAGAUACGGAGGUACCGGGACAUCAGAAGAUGGAUGAUAUCGCUAUGGAGAAGGUAGACCGUAAGUCCAGUUAUACUGUUAAGACUACAGUCUCACCAGAACACGAGUCCAAGUCGGACGCUCUACAGGAGAUACAGAAUGAUGAAGCAAACAGUGCCAAAAAAUGUCGGCCAAAGCCUGAAAAUCCGCCCCCUCUGUGGAUUUGUAAUUUCAUGACGAGAAGGCCAAAAACAGUUUUUGCGUUUCUUCUUUUGGUACAUCUUUCUCUGUUAGUGGUCACAGGAGUGAUGAUGAUGGCUGGGUAUGACAUACUUCCGGUCGACUUCAAAGGGGUGCCCUUAGAUCUUGAAAAAGAGGAUGUUUUCCUGAGAGCCCUGGCAUGGCAAAACCGAGAGACAAAUGAAAUACUGCCUACGUCACAGACUACCAAUGACGUUGAGUCUGAAUCACUAACGCUCUACUAUGAGUCCGCUAACGUUUUCACGGCUGACAAUUUGCGGGCUAUCCAAGCGUUUGAGGACGAGUUGACCAAUGUCGCAGACUAUACAACGUUUUGUUUCAAGAAGGACGGUAUCACUUGUCCGAAACCAUUUUCUAUUCUCCGUCUAUUUGAUGGGACGUUUGGACCAUUUUUCAACGAUUCUUCCUUCGGUAACAUUCCACAGACUUUGGAAAAUGCCACGAACCAUCCUGAGGUUUCACAACAAUUAAAUUUUUUUCUUGGAAAAAAUUCCAUUGUUAGCGCAGCUGAUGGGGUGGCCAAAUCAUCGAUUACGCGCACUGCUUUCUACUUUAACUAUUAUACAGAGCUUGAGAACUUCAUGGUAAAUAAUUAUAGACAAAAACUUCUUGACUUAAAUAAAAAUGGGCUUGGUUCAAUGCACUUCCUGUAUUCCUGCGAAACACUAUUUGUUUAUGACGUUCAAGGACAAGUCAUAUUUGAUAUGAUGCUUGCAGUGGGCAGUUUUGGAUUCAUCUUCAUGUUUAUGCUGUUUCAAACCCAUUCUUUAUUUGUCACAUUUUUUGCUAUUUUUAGCAUUCUCACAAGUUUCUUUGGGGCCAACAUGAUUUAUCGAAUAGUCUUUGAUUACAAAUAUUUUGGUAUUUUUCAUGUGCUGUCAAUAUUUAUAAUUCUUGGCAUUGGUGCAGAUGACGUUUUUGUAUAUUUUGAUACCUGGCGCGCUACAUCUCAUGAUCAAAUGGAGUCACUUGAACAAAGACUUUCCAAGUGUUACAGACGGGCAUCAAAAUCUAUGUUGAUCACGUCUUUGACAACCAUGGUAGCAUUCAUUUCAAAUGCAUUUUCACCCGUUUUGGGAAUAUCUUCAUUCGGACUUUUCAGUGCCACACUAGUUUUUAUUAAUUAUCUGUCUGUGAUAACGUUUUUUCCUUCUGUGGUUUUAAUAUACCACCUUUAUUUCGAGCAGUGGACCUGGCCAUGCUGCAGGCCAUGCACACAACGUUCUCAUACAGUGCCUUCCCGCACUAUGACAGAUGUCAGUGAAAAUCAGACAGAAAGGAAAAAUAUUGUCGUGAGAUUCUUUUACGGAUAUUAUUUCCGAUUUGUAACACAUCAAAUCAUCCGUUGGGUGAUAAUUGCAGCAUUUCUUGCCUUAAUUGGGGUUUUCAUCGUGUUCAUGAAAGAUUUAAAACCAGACGAAGAAUCGACAAAGAUAUUCAAAGAGGAUCAUAACUACCAGAUGGCUAACGAUCGACAGAAAAAUGCUUUCAGACCGAGUGGUCGAGACCCGAUAAUUCGUGUGUACAUGGUGUGGGGCCUUCGUCUACAGGACCGCAGUGCCUGUCACAAAACCGACGGGGAAAAGUGUACAGGGAAAACUGUGUGGGACGAAGCGUUCGACCUCAACCCUAGUCCAGCCCAAGUCCAGUUACAGACACUGUGCCAUGACUUGCAGAACCUACCCGACAAUGCCAAUGCUGAUCUCCAUAUACGUAAAAACUCUCUGACAGGUAAACUGGAGGUGGACUGUUUCCUAGACAAUAUGGAGACGUUUCUUGUGAACGAGAGUGCCAAAGCUGUAUACGGGGUAUCGGCGGAUUUCAGCAUUCCGCUAACCGGGACCAAAGUAUCACACCUAAUGACGUCACACCCGGAGUUGUACAACGGAUCUGCCAUCUCUUCUAAUGUAUACCGAUAUUUUGAGACGGCUGCUGCUUUUUGGCUGAAUGGCGGCUACACGUCCAAUGUUAGCUCCGACUAUAGUCAACUCCUAGGGUUUACCAAGGACCAGUAUGAUACAUUAAAUUUACUCAACAACGCUGGGGAAUCGUAUGGAACAAGAUUGAGGUAUAUCGCCAUCAAAGCAAAUACCUCUCUUGUCAUAGGAAAACUAGGGUACGAGAUGGGCAUCCCUAUAUAUGAUGCCUGGGAACGAUUCUUCAAAGCAAAGAUUGCAAAACUGCCUCCGUCUUUGUCUGGAGGUUUUCAGUGUACACCAGAGGGGAACAACCCAUGGCACUGGCUCAAAGUUCAAAAGACAUUGGUGGACUCGGCGCUUCGUGGGAUCGCUAUUGGGAUAUGCCUUGGCUUCGUGGUACUUACUAUAGCCACACAGAACGUUGUCAUCGGAUUCCUAGCUACUCUCAGUAUAGCGUGUGUCACCGUCACCAUUAUCGCUAUCAUACCAAUGGUAGGCUGGAAACUGGGGGUCCUUGAGUCUUUGAACCUGUCGUUAGUAGUGGGGCUGUCUGUCGACUACGUCGUCCACCUGGCGGAAGGAUACCAUAUGUCCAUACACGCAGACCGGAAGAGCAAGUUUGGGAGAAUUCAACCUUAUAAAAGGAAUUACUGCACAGUCCUCCAAAACUAA